UGUAUGUAGGUGUAAAUGAAAAAAAAAAAAAAAAAAACAACAACGUUAGAGUUGAGGGCGGGGUAAGAAUGAUGGACGCCGAUCGCGUUCGUCUCCUGGCGCCAUCAGACGGGACAAGCUCAGGACCUGAAGGCUAUUUGUUGUGCUUUGGUGUGUCCCCGAGUCCUCGAGAGUUGGAAGUAAUGAGUGAGCCAUCGUCGAAGCAAUCUUGUUCGUGCCUUGCGCCGUCGACCUGCAGAAGCUGUUCUGCUUAUCCCUCAUGCUUCACUUGUCUUUGUGGUAUUCUCUCCCCAAGCCGAGGCUGCUGCGAAGGUCUUUUGUGUUGUCAUCAUAGAGCGACUGUAGGCCAUUCCAUAACUUCGCCUCAACGGCGGCAUGUCGGUAGUGAUAUCUUCCGGGACGCCCACGGGCAUCAUCGUUAGAGAAAAGAAGGCUACUGCAGAGUAUUUGACAGCAAACGCACAGAGGGAAGGAACCGAGUGGAAGGAAAGUUAGGAAACAAAGGCGCAUGCAGAGGCGGUAGAAACAAGUCUUGCGUUGCGUUACUUGCCAGUGCCGCCGGUGCGUACCUGCGCCGCCUCCCGCAUACCCGCGCAAGAGUCAAAGAGUCUUGAAGUCUUGGUGUCUCGAUGGAGGUAUCACACCAGUGACCACAGACAGUGUGAUUCUUGGUUGGUGAUGAUGAUGGUACCUAGUGUAGGAGAAGUUGAGCGGCUGAUCGGAUUCGGUAGCAGCCGAAACGCAAGACAGCUGGGCGGCCAAAGCUUGAUUGAUUAGCCUUUUGGACCAUCCGACCUUUACGAAUCAGCUGGUGCUCUCGGU